UCGUGCUAUCUGAGUCUUUUUACAGUAGCAUUCGGCUUAGGUUCGAUAGUCGGAUUCCAUAAAGAAAUGGAGUACAGAAUGCGGCCGAUGCCGUUCAGAUGAUCUCUUCUGACCGGACAGGAGAUGACUUCUCUACUCAGCACCUUCGUAGAUCGUCUGACCGGACAGGGGAUGACUUCUCCAGUAAGCACCUUCGCUAAAAAGAUGGAGAAAAAAAGAUUGCGUGAGGAAUACAAAAAUGGAAUCCCCUUAUUCCUCCUCCACUUUCUAUUCUCUUGAAUAGAGGGAGAGGUUGCUUUCUGCCUGCUGCUUCUUCUCGAGGAGGGCAAUCUCGAAGAAGAGGGCAAACCUUGCUGAGAACGAGCAGGUAAAAUUUUUUCUCUAAUUUUUCUUUCUUUUCCUUGCUGCGUAAGUUUCAGUAUCUUGUUGGUUGGGCUUUGGGCUCUCGGCAGUUUUAUUGGUCGGCUUGUUUGAGAAACUUGGUCCCUUUGUAAAGAUUUGAAAUGUAGGUAAUAGAUAAUUUCAGAGGUAUGUUGGUGCUCAUCUUCGGAUGUAAACUUUGGCGACUCUGCACGAGCUCCGAGUAGUUUUCUGCUUCUACUGCUGAUCAAUUCCGAGUUGGGAGGUGACGAUUGACUCGGCUGCAUUGGUCUGAGUUUGAGCUAUCUGGUUCUUCUCCGAGAUAAUUGCCUCAGAGAUAAUUGCUCCCGCAGGAGAAAUCGGCAGAAAAGAACACAAUGGUGGAGCCGAUUUCCAUCUCAAUAACAGCGCUUUCUGUGAUAAAGGGGAUAAUGAAAGCCAUCAAUACGGCGCAGCAGACAAUCGAUAGCUUCAAGACCGAGUAUGAUAAGUUAAAGAUAAAUUUAGCGGAUUUAACUCCUCGAAUUGAAUCCGUCAAUCAGUUCAAUGAGGAAAUCGCCGAUCUGAGCAGGAAGGACCGACUAACGGUCCAAAGACGGACCGAUAUGACCAAUUUGGUGGAGCAAUUGAAGGAUUGUCUGCAACUGGUUGAGAAAUGUAAUCGUCUGUCAUUUUGGAAGUAUCACAUGAUCAAUUUCUACACUGAGAAACUGAAGGCCUGCAACGAAAGCCUGAACGGUUUCGUAACGGGGGUGAUGGUGGCGGACAUAUGGGAAGAGACGAUGACGAACAGGAGAGUGAAGUACGAUUGUUCUGUACCGAAGCCACCAGAGUUCACCGUGGGAUGGACGGAGGCCGUGGGAGAGUUGAAGCAGAAACUGUUGCAGGAAGAACUUCUGGUCAUCGGAAUCUGUGGUGCCGGAGGCUAUGGCAAAUCCACUCUGGCGAAAAAGCUCUGUGAGCAAGUCAAAGGCAAAUUUGAAAGGAUCAGCUACAUAAGUAUUCCAAGAUCGGCAGACUCUCCCACAGAAAAGAACGAAGUAGAGCCGCUGGAUUGGAUAGGGCCGACAGGAAUGUUCAGUAAACUAUGGGAUGACUUGGUAGGCGGUUCAUUGCCAAAAUUUGGGAGCGCAGAUGGUGCACGUGAGCAGCUGAAGCAGUGUCUGAACAAGAGAAAGACGCAGGGGAAGGGCAUGCUGGUGGUCUUGGAUGGUGUAUUGUCUGAUAGCAUGCUGGAGAGGCUUGUAAUCGGGACGCCUGGUCUGAAAACUCUUGUCACGUCUCGGGAGGAACUUAAUGGUGUGAACUGGAGCUAUCGCGUCCAGCAGCUGAGCAUGAAAGAUGCCAUGGACUUGUUCCGUCAUCAUGCCCUCUUGCAAGGACCAACUUCUGAGUAUGUGGACGAGGAACUGGUGGAACAGAUAGUGAAAGGCUGCAACUGUCACCCGCUAGCACUUGAAGUGAUAGGAAAGUCACUGAAGAACGCUGAGAUCGGCGAAUGGAGAAGCAAAGCGGAAAGUCUUCAGAAUGCUCAAAUUUUUGACGAGUAUGAGAAGAUUCUGAGGCCGCUGUACACCAGCCUGCAAGACUUGACUCCAACCGAACGUGAGUGCUUUAUGGACCUAAGCUCCUUUCCUAACAAUAAAAGGAUCCGGGCAGCUGCUCUUAUGGACAUGUGGGUUCAUACUCGUGGUCAAAAUGAAGACCGUUCCCGUGCUUACAAUAUUUUGAUGAAGCUAGCCGAUCGGCAUCUGAUUGAGCUUUUCAAGAGAACAAGGAAUGAGACUACGGAUCUUGACAAGAGCUUCGGUGAUCUCUUUGUCGCCCAGCAUGAUCUUUUGAAUGAAUUGGCUGUAUAUGUUUCUAGAAAGGAAAUGCCAAAUACGAGGCUCACAAUCAAGCAAGGAGAUAUAUUAGAUAUGAUAUCUGUAACACCUCAGAAAUUUAGUCUCAUAUUGAAGAUUGUGAGAGAUCUUCGAAGACUUAUAAAAGGAGUCAUUAAAAAGAUGGUUUAUAGCCUUUUUGGGGUCGGAGACGAAACUGGUAGGAGACAAACUGAGAUCCGCCGAACUAGAGGCCCAAGCCUAAGAGUGGAUCUUGCACAAAUUGUCUCUAUACAUAGAGGUGAAAGUAUAAACUUGGAAAGGAUUGAUGUACCAUUCCCUCGUGUUGAAGUGCUUAUUUUAUGCUUUUCCUGCAAUUUUUAUUGUCUGCCUCGAUUUAUGAAUUGGAUGGGAAAUCUCAAAGUUUUGAUUAUUGCGAAUGACAGCAUGGGUGCCGCAGUGUUAAGCGGACCGCUACCAUCUGGUUCUCUAAAAUCUCUCAGGGCAGUGAGAUUAGAAAAGAUAUUACUACCUAUUUCUUGUACCUUGAUGAAGCCUUUCAAGGGAGUACAGAAGCUAUCAAUGGUCCUCUGCAAGGUCAAUGAAGUACUGGAGAUUGGUCCAGGAUGGGAUAUCCAAAUUAUGUUUCCAGACAUCACAGAGCUUGAAAUAGACUACUGCGAUGGAUUGGAGAAAUUGCCCACUGCAGUCUGCAACAUUGUCAAUCUGCAGGAGCUUAGCAUUACCAACUGUCACGAUCUUUGUGAGUUGCCAGAGGAAAUCGGCAGUCUGAGCAAGUUAGAGGUCUUAAGAUUGUCUGCAUGCACAUCGCUGGAAAGUUUACCGGAUUCUUUUUCUGGACUAAGGAAACUUAGAUUUCUGGAUCUCUUCUGCUGUUCGCGUAUAAAAGAUCUUCCUAACAACAUAGGCGUAUUACAUAACUUAGAAAAAAUCGACUUCAGGAGAUGCUUUGCAAAUCUUCCUGAUGCGCUAAUCAAUCUCGAGGGCCUUAGAGAUGUUAUAUGUGAUGAAGAUGUUAAGACUCUGUGGGAGGAGAGUGUUAAGACCAAGUUGAGAAGGCUUAGGGUGCACGGAUGUAAGGAUCUCGUGAGCUUAAAUUUUCUCAAAUAGGGAACUCAGAGUGGCUAGACAAGGACACUACUUUUCUGCGUUGAAUGAAAAUGGUAAAUGUUGUAAUCAGUUUCUGUUUGUGUUCUUUCUUAUACAAAGGAUUGCAUAGACAUGAGACUGAGACUGGUAAUUUCUGUUUGCCUUGUGUAAAGCGGAGUUCAUUCUUUACGUUCUCCGCUUGAUAGACAUAUUGGAUAACCUUAACUCUUUUUU